AAGGUUGUUUCUGGGUCUACUGGUCAAGGUGCUACAAUCUGGGAUAUUGCAGCUGCUCAGGUCAUCGGUGGCCCGUACGACCAUGGUAAUAAGAUCAACUCUGUUGCAUUCUCACCGGAUGGAUGCAAACUCACUGUUGCUUCUGCGACUAUCAGGAUCUGGGAUGUUGAUCCCUGCCAACCGGUUGGUGGUCUAUUUCAGGGCCACACUGAUAUUAUUACAUCUGUUGCAUUCUCACCAGAUGGAUCCAAAGUCGUUUCAGGCUCUGAUGAUCAGACAGUCAGGAUUUGGGGUGUUCUGUCUGGUCAGCCAGUGGCUAGUUCAUUCCAUGGCCAUAGUAAGGGCAUCUCAACUGUUGUAUUCUCACCAGAUGGGUCCAAGGUUGCUUCGGCGUCCAACAAUCAUACUACCAGGAUCUGGGAUGUUGCCUCUGGCCAGCUUGUGGCAGGCCUUCUUGGGGGUCAUCAUGACACUACAAAUUUGACUACAUAUCCUGCAUUAUCACCGGCACCAGAUAUAUUGAAUGUGUCUACUUUAGACACAAAGACAAUUUAUGCAAGUCCUUAUUCCGAUGAUUCUGGAUGGAUUUGCUUUGGUGAUGCAACAAAAGAAAAACUCUUAUACUGGAUACCACCAGGCCCGCCUUAACGGAUGGUGUGACUUCCGUACUUCUCGAAGGACUUUGAGCAUGGUACGAACUGGACAUUAUGCCUCACUGGCACAGGAAAUGAUGCUGUAGAUCCCACAAUAUCACAGGAGGUUGGCUCUACAUCGCCUACUACGCAUGAAAAGCUCAGCCCCGACUACUUCAACAACACAGUAUGCCAUCAUUGACGGAGAACAGCAAGGCUGAAAGAGCCCGGUCACAGGACCCUGCGCCAGCCUACGUUUCACCAACAAGCAGGCCAAGGUCUGGCACACCGCGAUCAGGAGCUGGGAGCCUACGUCCGUACCAUCUGUGCGGAGUUGCUUCAGACUUUGCGGGAACCGGGGGCACAGGGAUGAGGAAUUGCUUGAAGGAUAGAAUGAGAGGGCUCAGGGUAGCUUCACAAUUGAAGCUUGUACCGUAUAAACAUGUUUUGUAUGUCGGGAUGGCUGUUGUAUGUAACGUGAUCAGAAUACACUCGUAUGUUUUCCACU